AUGUGUGAAGGCAGCGUCAGCUGGCGGUACAGUAAAGAGGAGAAGAAGGAGGAGAAGGAGGAAUAUGAAGUAAGAACUGAAGCCACCGAGGAUUGGGGGGCGGCUAAGAUAGAUGUACUCGUAGUGUUGCGGGCUACCGUGGGAGAGGGAAAGCGCGAAGCCCCGACCCGGUUUACUAGCAAUGAUUUGGACGGGCGAGAGCUAAAAUCCUGCCACCUGGGCCAUGUGCUGGGAUCCUGUACUUUUGGUGCCCGCCCGGACAGGGCGCCGUCAGCAGCAGCCGGGAGCAGCGGCGCGGUACCGGCUACGAGGGCGCGGCUGGCAGGUACAGGCAUCUACAUGGGCGGCGACGAGGGCACCCGCGCCUCGGGCCAUCCAUCCAGCACCAGCACCAGCACCAGCACCAGCGGCGGUAGCGGCCAGCUGCUGUCCUGUCCUGCCCUGCCCUGUGCUGUAGGGGCGCCAUCAGCAGCUCACUUGCCGAGACAUGACACUGUGCGCGCCAUCCAUGCAAUUCAUCGCUGCUGGGGCAGGGCCAGGGAUGGCAGGAUGACUGACACCUGGCAGAGGCAGCAGCAAACCCUGGAUCCCGUUCCCAAGGACAGCGGCGCUGGUCCCGAAGGACGGGUGCUGGAGGGGAUGCAAUGCUGA